GCAUUGUAUAGGAUUAGAGAAAUAAAGAAGAUUUUCUUGCUAGAAAAAUAAAAGAAGGGGAAUUUUUUGGUUGUUUUCCAUAUUCUUAACAGUGUUGAAAAAAUUGUGUCCUCCCCUAAAUUUUGUCCUAAAAUUAAGAGAUUUAAUCUCUUCAUUAAUUUUUAGUUGCCAAAAAUUGUACAAAAAUAGAAGAAAAUGGCUGUAGACUUUCAAUAUCCUCAAUUUGGAAAUAUGGAUGAUAUUCUUAAUCAAUUAAAUAUAAUUUCUAAUGAAUCAAUUGAUAUUACUGAUACUGUUAAACGGAGUAAGAGCCAAUUAAUGCAGCAUCGACUCAAGAAUCCACUUUUUGCUGUCCUUUGCGAUAUUAAAAAUAAAACUUCACCUUCAAUUCGAAGCAUACCUGAUGAUCAAUCUGACGAUUUUUCUCGAGAUCCGCAAUUAGUUCGCUUAGAUAAUAUGUUAUUAGCUGAAGGUAUUGCUGGACCUGAACGUGUUAAUACUCCGGAAGCUGGAGAUACUGCUGAUUAUAAACAAAAAUUGGUACAAAUUCGUCAAACAUAUAAUGACGAAAUGAGGAAAUAUCAAGAUUUAUUACAAGAACAAGGAACUAUCCGUCCAAUAUCUAAUGAAGAAAUGAAUCGAAUGGUUAAUAUUAUUCAAAAGAAAUUUUCUGUUAUACAAGUUCAAUUGAAGCAAUCGACUUGUGAAAAUGUUAUGGUUUUACGAUCGAGAUUUUUGGAUGCAAGGCGCAAACGCCGCAAUUUCAGCAAACAAGCAACAGACAUUCUAAACGAAUAUUUUUAUGUUUAUAUACACAAUCCAUACCCAAGCGAAGAAGUUAAAGAAGAUUUGGCUAGAAAAUGUGGAAUUACUGUUAGUCAAGUUAGUAAUUGGUUUGGAAAUAAAAGAAUUCGAUAUAAGAAGAAUAUUGCAAAAACACAAGAAGAGGCUGCUAUAUAUGUAAAGAAAGGUGGUCAGGGAGGAGUCCCAACAACCUAUGGCGUUUUAAAUAACAAUGCUAGUGCUGCUGUUGCCGCUGCAGCUAGUUCGAUGUUAAAUAACCCAUAUGCUGCAAAUAUGCUUCAACACGGUCAAGGAGAUUUACAACAUCAAAUGAUGGGUGGUGGAUUUGAUUUGACAGCUGGAUAUAAUCCACAAUUGUUCCAAAUGAAUUAUAUGCAACCACAACAACCUUCAAAUAAUUCUCCACAAAAUUAA